AUGUUUUCGACACUUUCAGUAUCUGCGGCGAUCGAUUUCAACUGGCUUGCCGAUCGUUCUUCUGCCUCCCUUCAAUCUUCUAUAGUUUCCGUCGUUCCCUACUUAUUCCUCCCCAUCUCGCCCCUCCCCCACUUCCUGCCUUCCCAUACCCCCGUCCCCUUCCCCUUCCCUUCCGCUCCCCCUUCUCCCCUUUCCUCCCGCCUCUUCAAUUCUCCCCGAUGUGUUUCCUUUCUCCGCGUGUUCUCCCCCUGCCUCAGCCGCGCAUCCGCUGCCGGCGUGCGCUGCAGCGCCGUCCGCUCGGAGCGCCUUUGGACCCCGAACUCUGCCGCCAACAGCGGCGAUAUCUGGUCCAUCAAGAACGAUCUGGAAGUGCCGCAGAGUCUGUUCAUGGGCGCACCGGAGGUGAUGGCGGGGCAAGGAGCGCCGCCCCCCAUGCUGCAGGAGCGCUUCCAGUCGGUUAUCUCCCAGCUCUUUCAAAACCGCAUCAUCCGGUGCGGCGGCGCGGUGGACGAUGACAUGGCGAACCUCAUCGUGGCGCAGCUGCUGUACCUCGACGCCGUUGAUCCCACCAAGGACAUCAUCAUGUACGUCAACUCGCCUGGUGGUUCCGUUACUGCUGGCAUGGCCAUCUUUGACACCAUGCGCCACAUCCGGCCUGACGUCAGCACCGUGUGUGUCGGCCUUGCUGCCAGUAUGGGAGCCUUCCUCCUGUCAGCAGGAACAAAAGGCAAGCGCUACAGCCUGCCCAACAGCCGUAUUAUGAUCCAUCAGCCGCUGGGAGGAGCACAGGGACAGCAGACAGACAUUGAGAUUCAGGCUAACGAGAUUCUGCAUCACAAGGCGAACCUGAACGGUUACUUGGCGUACCACACCGGUCAAUCCUAUGACCAGAUCGUCCAGGAUACGGAUCGCGAUUUCUUCAUGAGUGCAACUGAGGCCAAGGAGUAUGGCUUGAUUGAUGCGGUUAUCACCAACCCCCUCAAGGCCCUAAAUGCUGCCCCAGUUGCUGCAUAA